AUGACCUCCAAAGAAAACCACUUGGAUGGGCUCGCCCUCUUUCAGAAGCUCCCAUACCAUUGCACUCUGUACUUUACAGGUCAGCAGGUCCUGGGCUUGGUCGAGAACCAGAGUGACUGGUACCUUGGAAACCUGUGGAAAAAUCACCGCCCUUGGCCUGCCCUUGGCAGGGGCUACAACACAGGAGUGAUCCUGCUGCUUCUGGAUAAGCUGCGGAAGAUGAAAUGGGAGCAGAUGUGGCGGCUGACUGCAGAGAGAGAGCUGAUGGGCAUGCUCUCCACAUCCUUAGCUGACCAGGAUAUUUUCAACGCUGUCAUUAAACAGAACCCCUUCCUCGUGUAUCAGCUCCCCUGCUUCUGGAACGUGCAGCUGUCGGACCAUACCCGCUCCGAGCAGUGCUACAGAGAUGUGUCUGAUCUAAAGGUCAUUCACUGGAACUCCCCCAAGAAGCUGCGGGUGAAGAACAAGCACGUGGAGUUUUUCCGCAACCUCUACCUGACCUUCCUGGAGUACGACGGGAAUCUCCUGAGGCGGGAGCUCUUCGGCUGCCCCAGCGAGGCUGAUGUCAACAGUGAGAACCUCCAGAAGCAGCUCUCCGAGCUGGAUGAGGACGACCUGUGUUACGAGUUCCGGCGAGAGCGGUUCACCGUCCACCGAACCCACCUGUACUUCCUGCACUACGAGUACGAGCCCGCUUCAGACAACACGGACGUCACCCUGGUCGCCCAGCUGUCCAUGGACAGGCUCCAGAUGCUCGAGGCCAUCUGCAAGCACUGGGAGGGGCCUGUCAGCCUGGCCCUCUACCUGUCCGAUGCCGAGGCCCAGCAGUUCCUCCGCUACGCACAGGGCUCCGAGGUGCUCAUGAGCCGCCACAACGUAGCCUACCACAUUGUGUACAAGGAGGGCCAGUUCUACCCCGUGAACUUGCUGCGCAACGUGGCCAUGAAGCAUGCCGGGACCCCCUACGCCUUCCUGUCCGACAUCGACUUCCUGCCCAUGUAUGGGCUCUACGAGUACCUCAGGAAGUCCGUCGUCCAGCUCGACCUCGCCAACACCAAGAAGGCAAUGAUCAUCCCCGCCUUCGAAACGCUGCGCUACCGGCUCUCUUUCCCCAAGUCGAAGGCGGAGCUGCUGUCGAUGCUGGACAUGGGGACCCUCUUCACAUUCAGGUACCACGUCUGGACAAAGGGCCAUGCGCCCACAAACUUCGCCAAGUGGCGGACUGCCACCACGCCUUACCGGGUCGAGUGGGAGGCUGAUUUCGAGCCCUAUGUUGUCGUGAGGCGGGACUGCCCUGAGUAUGACCGGAGGUUUGUGGGCUUUGGUUGGAACAAGGUGGCUCAUAUCAUGGAACUGGAUGCGCAGGAAUACGAAUUCACUGUGCUGCCCAAUGCCUACAUGAUCCACAUGCCUCAUGCCCCCAGCUUCGACAUCACCAAGUUCCGGUCCAACAAGCAAUACCGCAUCUGUCUCAAAACCCUGAAGGAGGAGUUUCAGCAGGACAUGUCCCGCCGCUAUGGCUUUGCCGCCCUCAAAUAUCUCACGGCCGAGAACAACAGCUAGCACCGAGAAGCCCACCCCUGGGAAGGCAUCCUGCAGGCAGAGAGCCACGUGCUGUUUGGGGCCCAGCCUUCAAACUCAAAAUUGAGCGAUGCUUUUUUGGAUUGUAUUCAUUUGUCUCUUUGGCCCCACAAAGCUGCCCACACCACGGGGACCUGGAAUGAGGAUCCGGCUGGCCUCCCUCUGCCCCGGGACCCGGCGCUCCCCGAGUGUGGCAUCUAUGCAGUCUCUUCGAGAACAGGGCACAGAGAAGGGAGAGGGAGCAAAGGGCUCGUCCUACCACAAAGCCACAGACCCCAUAGGUCUUUAGGGUGUCCCCAUGUUUUGUAAGACAGGGAAGGCAGGGUGCUGCCGGUUAGCGGUCCCAGGAAACGAAAGCAAUCACGCGUCUUCAUUCGGAGGAAUAUUCGUUCUUGCCUGUAAUCCAGCUGGGUACCCCAGGGGAGGGCGCACCGAUGUUCUGAGCCAGCCAUCUGGAGAAAACCCGGUGGGGGACAUUUUACCUGGCAGGACCUGCUGGGGGGUUGGUUGGUCCUUUCUCCUCAAGGUCACUCUUGUUUUAUUUAGAUUUAUUUUUGUUUGGGGGGAUUUUGUUGGUUUGUUUUUGGUCCUGGAACAUCUGGUCUUUUAAGGCUCUGAAGGAAAAUGAGCUGCCUCAGCUACCAUCCCUUUAUCAGCAGUGGCCCAGCAGGGGCGACGAGAGUUUUCGGCCGGUACUUACACAGGGCCGCCUUCUUCAGGGUUACCACUGAGGCCCCCAUGACCUCAACUUCCCGCUGUCCCGAAUCCAGGGGCCAAGAUGGGGAUGCAGAAAUACCAAGAUCAACUGACAUAGCCGGUCCCGUUUCCCUAGUGGUGACUAGGCAUGGGGAGAGGGCGUGGAAGAGACUGUUUCACUGCACAUGAAGGGUACGAACCUCUUGGGCCUUUGCAAGAACUUGAAUCAUUCAUGCGAGCCCGGCUCUGAAGAGCCACGUGCCCAUUUGGAGCCCUUUGGAAAGAAUGCGUUGGUUCCUGCCCACUUCACUGUGGUGGGGAUGGGGUCCUGACUCCAGGCUCCCUCCGAGACCUGUCCAGAGGAUAGGCGAGUACGUUCACGGCAACACAGAUUGAGGAAACACUGGACUUUUGACCCAUUUUCUGGAAUCUCCAAUAUUAAUGUUGUGUUUACACGGAUGAGAGCAAGAGUCAGUGCCCUACGGUCUGCUGGGCUGUUUGUAUUGAGUUGCAAUGUGACCAGCGAACGCUGCAUUAAAUAAAUGAAAGUGCGGACUAUU